CAACCUUACAGUUCGGACAGAAAUAUAAAUUAAACUAAGUACUUCAAAGGUACUAUCAAUCUAUAAUCUAUUGUACGCAUUUCAACGUAUGUAACACAAGGGCGCGCUGUGUUAUGGUUUAAUAGUUGAGAUAGUUUUUUUGAAAUGAUAUCGAUUCUUAUGUCUGUCUUUGUAGAACCGCCAAUUAAAUUGGGUAGCAUAGAAGUAGGACUGGUCAUCAUGGGAAUGUCUUGUAUUUGUGUUGUGGCAUGUGCUUUGAUUUUUCUUCAACUACGCUCAAUAAGAAAGCAACGACAACAACGCAGGCGAAGAGAGCGAGCUUCAAUUGUUAGUAUCACUGUUUGCAAUAACGAAGGCAUUGCUAGUGCUGCUCCACCUUCAUACGAAACUGUGUUACGCAACCCACAUCUAUAUCCAAUUUCUCCUCGAUCGUCCAUAGUAUCUGUUAACUCUACCAAAAGCUUGCGCCGAGCAUCAGAGGCCAGCGGCCAUUCUUCCAAUGCACGACCAGAUGGGAAUUCUUCUUCAGGAGCUCUUAGCCAAUCAUAUUGCACUUUACAAUUAGAAGACUUAGAGGAACCUCCUCCUCCCUUCCCUGGAAUUGUAAAUAAUGGAUUUAUAGAUCCCCAUCUUGAAAGAACCUACUAUGAUGACAUGGACACUGUGACAUAUGGUAACCAUGGUAGCAGAGAAAGAAAUCAACGUCUCAGUCAAGUGGAGCCACGUGACUUGCCAUAUUUGCAAACAAGUCGAAAUCGAAGUGUUUCAGAUAUUUGUGCGUCGACUUCUCGCUCGGCUUCUCAACAAUAGCGAACGUCCUUUCUUGAAGUAGUUUAUGUGCGGCGAUUCCAGCUUUCAGUCACUGAGAGAGUUUCAUGGAAAGUUAUAGAAGGGUGUGGUAACAAUAUCUGCAUACUUCCAAUGGAUCUGCCUCUUUACGGCUAAUCUGGUGUAAGAACUCAUACUUUGAAUCUCCAAUAUUGCAGGAAUGGUCGAUAUAAGACUGUUCUGAUUUGUGGCCAUGAUGAAUGAUGGUUUUGUAUUAUAGAAAAGCUGUGUCAUUGUAGUGUUUUAUUUUGAGAUAAGA